AUGGGAAGGCUUUUGGGUCUCGAAUUGCACAACUUCAAGUCCUAUAAAGGCACAGCCAACGUCGGCCUUGGUGACUCAGCCUUCACCUCCAUCAUUGGUCCCAAUGGUGCUGGUAAAUCAAACAUGAUGGAUGCCAUGUCUUUCGUUUUGGGCGUCCAGUCGUACCAUUUAAGGUCUUCUGGGCUUAAAGAUUUGAUUUAUAGAGGUCGUAUUGACGAUUCUGAGGCGACCCAGGCCUGUGACUCGGCGUACGUGAAGGCUAUCUAUGAAAAGGAUACAGGUGAACAGAUGGUGCUUCAGAGAAGUAUAAACUCGGCUGGCACCAGUGAGUACAAGAUUAAUGAUAAGAGCGUGACUGCGCUUCAGUAUACUAUGAUGCUUAAGGGAGAGAACAUUUUGGUCAAGGCCAGGAACUUCCUUGUUUUCCAAGGUGAUAUCGAGAAUGUGGCAUCCCAAGAACCAAAGCAGCUCUCUCAUUUGAUUGAGACUAUUUCGGGCUCUGCAGAGUAUGCUAAUGACUAUGAUCGUCUUCGGGACGAGAAGGAAAAAGCUGUGGAGCUUCACGCCGAGGUGUUUUCACGAAAGAGGAACCUUACUACCGAGUCUAAGCAGUAUAAGGAGCAGAUGAGAGAACGGGAGAUCUUCGAGGAGAAGUUGGGCGACAAGAACAAGUUUCUUAAAGUGUCUCACUUGUACAAGCUAUUUCAUAAUGAGAGAAGGCACUUUAGGCUCAAGGGUGACCUCAGAAGCAACUCCGAGAAAGUGCAAGCUUCGAAGCAGAAGCUUACUGCCGCUGAAGAGUCUUUCAAGUCAUUGGCUGCAGAAAGUACCGCACAAGAGCUUGAGGUGAAGCAAAAGGAAGCAAAGAUUGCCCAACUUCGACAAAGCAGUGAGGGGGCCAAGCGUUCGCUUUUACCUACAAAGUCAAGUAAGAAACUUCUCGAAAACAAGAUGUCGCUCACAGAAAGAAAAAUCAAAGAUCUAGAAGCAGAUAUCAGGGUGCAAAUUGAUCAAGAACAAGCGCUCCAAUCUAAAUUGGAUGAAACAGAAGCUCAGUACACUGCAUUCAAAGACAAAAUUGCUGAAUUGGAACGCCUGGUUAACAUCCCCGCCGAAGGUAUCAAGGAGUAUGAAGAGCUCCGUAACCAGUUCUUGGCUGAUUCCGGCUCUCUGCUAGAGCGUGAUCUAGCUGUUCUUCACGCAGACAAGUCAACCAUCGAAAUGUCUCUAAAGGACCUCGAAUUGCAAAAAGACCAAUCUGACACGCGUAUCAUGGAGCUUGAGUCCAACGUUCAAUUAAACCUUGGCCUGGCUUUGCACGAUUUAAAUGCGAAAUUGCAAGAUUUGGAACAAAUCAAAACUUCAAAGUUAAGGGAGAAAGAGGCUCUUCAGAAGCAGCAAGAAGCAGUGUCCUUCAAAUUGCUCGAAUUGAAUACUGAACUCAGAGAUGUUUUAUCCAGACUUGAAGAAGUAUCAUCUGAACAGAAAGAAUCUAAGAAACAGAGAGAGUUACGUGACAAUGUUGCAAUGUUGAAGGCUUUAAUGCCUGAGGGUUCAAUUAAAGGACUUGUGUAUGAACUUGUGCACGCAAGUCAACGCAAAUAUGAAUUGGCGUUGCUGACGGUCUUGGGAGCUGACUUUGAUUCCAUCAUCGUGGAUUCAACUGCUACUGCCCACAAAUGUAUUGAAACAUUGAAGGAGAGACGCGCUGGUCUCGCGUCAUUCAUUCCUUUGAACUCGGUUGUCAAUGAAGCUAUGAACUUGAACUACCUUAGGUCGCUUCACGAAGAGGCACGUCCUGCCAUUGAUGUCGUCAAGUAUGAUGACCCGGCUCUUGAAAGAGCAGUCCAAUAUGUCGUUGGAAACACUAUGAUAGUUGAUAACUUAGAAACGGCUAGGGUUGUUAAGUGGAACUCUCUGAAUGAGCUUCAUUGCAAAGUUGUAUCUCUCGAUGGCUCAGUGAUUCAUAAAGCUGGUCUAAUGACCGGUGGCCAGCAGGAUAAGCGUGCUGGUGCAACCGCACGUUGGAGCAAGGACGAAAUGAAUAGACUCUUGAAGAGAAAGGACGAGAUUUCAGCUGAAUUGGAGAGAGCUGCUGCAGAGAAACCAUCCUCCAUUGAGAGCAACUCACUUUCUGAGGAGAUUUCACAAAUUGAUGCUCAAAGGCCUUCUAUCACCAGUCAAAUUGCAGUUUUUGAGCGCCAAGUGUUUGAGAGAAAUCAGGAAAUAGCAUUCCUCAAAGAAUCUGGUGAUGAAGUGACUGACCGCUUCGAAAGAAAGAAGCAAGACCUCGAAUCAUUGCAGUCUGAAAUCUUGAAGUUUGAGGAAAGCAUCCAGCAUCUUCAAGAGAAGGUUUACUCUUCAUUCUGUGCAAAAUACGGUCUUCGUUCUAUUAAUGACUACGAAGUUUUGCAUGGUUCAGCACUUCGUGCCAGAUCGAGAGAGAGAUCCGAGUUCGAGAAAUCUAUAGCUUCCUUGAGAAACCAACUUGAGUUCCAACGCGAUAGACUCCAAGAGACGGAAGCAAGAAGAGCUAAGCUUGAGGCAGGUAAUGCAACUACUAACGAAGAAUUGGUGAAGGUAAAUGAAGAUAUCGUUGUUGCGGAAGAGAAUUUGCAAAAGCUCGAAGAAGAAAUCGAAGCGGAAUCCACAAUGAAGGUAACGCUAGUCGACACUUUACAGGCAAAGAUACGAGAGGCGACUUCGAAAGAGUCAGAGGUGAAGGAUAUUGAGUACGAGCUCAAGAGCAUCACUCGUGAGGUAACACAUUUGGAGGAAGCGCUUAUGAAGGUUGAUGCAGAGAGGUUCAAUAUGCUCAAGAACUGUAAGAUUGAAGAUGUGGAUCUUCCAUUGGAGGAUGGAUUCUUGGACGCCAUUUCGCUUGAUGUUGAGAAUAUUUCGCAGGUGGCCUACCAGGUGCAUAUCGAUUACGGGUUGCUCGAAACCAAGUACCAGGAAAGCUACUCGGCAAGAACAGAGGCAGAGAUCAAGGCCAGAAUUGAAACCAUUGAAAACGAAUUGCAUGCUCUUACGCCAAAUGCCAAGGCCCUUGAAAGACUUCAAGAAGUGGACCAGAAGUUAAAGGAGUUCGACAGAGAGUUUAACAAAGCCAAGCAUGAAGUGAACAAGGUGACAUCGAAGUUCAACGAGGUCAGGGACAAGAGGAAAGAAUUAUUCAUGAAUGCCUUUACCCACAUCUCCGAUAACAUCGACAAGGUAUACAAGUCACUUACAAAGUCCAACGCCUCUCCGCUUGGAGGUUCGGCAUACCUUACGUUGGAGGACGAUGAACUGCCAUUUGCAGCCGGUGUGAAGUACCAUGCUAUGCCGCCAUUGAAGCGGUUCAGAGACAUGGAGUUGUUAUCGGGAGGUGAAAAGACCAUGGCCGCCUUAGCAUUGCUCUUUGCUAUCCAUUCCUUCCAACCAUCGCCAUUCUUUGUGUUGGACGAGAUCGAUGCCGCAUUGGAUAACAGUAACGUCAAGAAGAUUGCAAGAUACAUCAAGGAAAAUGCCGGUCCAAGUUUCCAGUUCAUUGUCAUUUCGUUAAAGAGCACCAUGUUUGAGAAUUCAGACUCGCUAGUUGGUAUCUACAGAGACCAAAGAGAAAACUGCUCCAAGACUGUCAGUCUUGAUUUGAGACAGUACCCUGAAGAGCACGAAACAAUCGCGGUGCCUGAAGCCCAUCAAAUCGCGGCGAAGAGUACCAAGAGAGGAACCACCGACCAGACGUCCAGAGAUAACGUCCGCCAACGAGAAAUACACGAUUUAUUGAAAUCCCAGCAUGACAUAACACUCGAUGAUGUUAAGAUCCCCGAGCAUUUAAUCUACAAGUAUUUAUUCCACAAGAAGUACGACGAAGUACGCAUCGAUGAGGUGAAAGUGCUAGACAUGACCAACGAAGGUGAUGGCCUUGCCCUAGUGCCCAGAGCAAAGUACGAUUCUGACGCUGAUGAAAAGGCACGUACGGUGGUCAUCAUCCCCAAGACGGUUACAGGAGACAUUGUCAGUAUCUCGUUGAGAAGACAUCAUAUGUUCUUUGCAGAGGCAGAACUCAUUCUGGUUUCCAGGAAGUCCAGAAGACAAAGCAAGCGGAACGAUAGACACGUUGUUUGCCAGCAUUUCAGCAAUUGUUCUGGCUGCCAGCUUCAAAUGUUGGGUUAUGACGACCAGCUUGAGUUCAAGAAGGCUAAUAUCGAAAAGGCUUACCGGUACUUCUAUCCAGAGAUUUACCUGCUGUUACCGUCAGACUUUGCUUCGGUUAUCCCAUCGCCAAUGCAAUAUGCUUACCGUACCAAGCUUACUCCUCAUGCAACUGUGCCCAAGGGUUUGACUCAGGAUGAGUUACCGCUUCCUGUGGGGUUCUUGGACACCAGGGUAGGUCAACCGAUUGUGGAUGUUGAUUCGUGCCCUGUGGCUUCUCCUGUCAUCAAUAGCAUUUUGCCAUUGGAGAAAGAACGGUUCAAUAAGGAAUUGGCUCAGAAGUUGAGUGGUGAGUCUAAGUUGAAGGUUGAUCCUACAUUCACACUUCGUCUGAGUAUCAGAAUAGAUCACAAUACGGGUGAAUUUGAUGAGGUUUGUCUUACUAAAAAGAAGAAUGUGGUGACUGAAAAGAUUGGCGAUCACGUAUUCCAGUUUGAAGUGAACGAGUUCUUCCAGAACAACCGAAGCAUUCUUCCCACCCUACUCGAUUUCAUCAAGUUCAACUUAAAGGAUAUUCCAUACAACUAUAUUGUUGAUUCGUACUGUGGUUCUGGCUUUUUGGGUAUUGGCUUAUCUUCCACGUUACCGGACAACGGUAAGCUCUUUGGCAUUGAGAUUGCUCUGAAAGCUAUCAAGUACGCUACUCAUAAUGCCCAGAUAAAUGGUUUGCACGUCCCCACGAAAGCUGUCUUUGUUGAAGGAAAUUCGGACGAUAUGUUUGGAACUUCAGAGUUUGCCGAAUGUGGUGCUGUUGGUGAAGAAGCAGUGGUGUUGAUGAAUCCAUCUAGGAAAGGUUCAACUCGAACAUUCAUGAAACAGCUUCUUGAGUUCCGUCCUAAGGCUGUUGUUUACAUCAGCUGUAACCCAUUCACGCAAGCACGAGAUUUGGCUGAUUUUGAAGCUCUUCAGCGCAACUCAUCAACCAAGUACAGAAUCAAGACCGUAAUGGGCUUUGAUUUCUAUCCUCAAACUAAGCAUGUGGAGUCUGUGGCUAUUCUUGAACUCGUGGAGUAG